AUGAAUGCUGAUGCAAAGUCUGCUCUACCAGGAGACAAGGCUGAGGCCGUAGACGAUGAAUCUCCGCCUGACGCGGGUGACGAACGACCCGUGAGGGGGCCAGAGAAGCGGCCACAGGAGAACACAAUAGAGGAGGCCCGAGAGGGCAUCGAGGACAUACCAGAGCUUCGACCAAGUCUCAAGAACGAGGAUGUUGAUGCUACACCAAUGCCAGAGGAGCGCUCCAUCUUGAACCCCAAAACGCCCGUGGUAACUGGUGCAUGGGUAGACACACCUGGCCCACGAACUCUCCAAAAGAACGCCGCCAUCACAUCCCGCUCUCGCUCAAGAUCUCCUGUCAAACGCAGCCCGCAAAAGGCAAGAUCAAGCACCGAACAGACUGCGUCUACAGCAGAAGAAUCAAGAGAAACCGCAGUCACCCAAGUCGUGCGCCCUCAGCUCCCCACCUCCGCCCUCCAAGCCCUCGUCAGCGAAGCCAAAUCCAGUGGACGACGCCCCUCCGCCGAUUUCGGCGACUCAACCAUAAACUCGCUCGAAGAACUCAUCACUGACGCUCCAGACGCCGCAGUAGACGAAGACACACUACAAGGACUGCAGCUUCCCACCGCGACACCACGAAAUGAAGCAGAGCGGCAACGGCAGCAAGAAUUGCUGCACCUACAUCGCAUGAACGACCGCCUCCGCGCAGCGCGAACAAGUAUCCGCGAUGCAAGCCGUGGCAUGAAGCGCGUAGAAGACCGGGUCGAACACGUUGAAGAGGACGCCCAGGGCAAUAAGAUCCACAUCAUCCGCCGCGAAUGUCCCUGCGCGACAGCCCCUCACCCUCAGGACUUCUCCCUCUGGCGCUGGUCGAAAUCCUUCAUCUGGCAAGACCACCUCAAGGCCCUUCGCAUGACUUCAAAUAGUACAUGGCGCAUCUGGGGCGGUCUCACAGGCCUGGGGAUAUUCCUCACGUUGUUUCUUGCAUGGCGGCUCAGCGAGAAAAUUGCUUGGUAUGUACUCUGUCUUGUACGCUACGGCAUAUAG